AUCACUAAGCAUUAGCAUUCCUUAUCUCUCUGGUUUAUUCUGUCCUGUUUUCUUAACUUGGAUAUGGGAGAAGCCGUGGAGAUCAUGUUAGAAAAUGGGUUCCCCAAGAUUCGCAAUGAGACCUCACUCAAUCUGAGCAUCCACUCCAACAAGCAAGAUUGCCAUUGGUACGAAGAAACCAUCGAUGAUGAUCUCAAGUGGUCUUUUGCCCUCAACAGUGUUCUCCAUCAAGGAACUAGUGAGUACCAGGACAUUGCGCUGCUGGACACAAAACGGUUCGGAAAGGUUCUUGUGAUUGAUGGAAAAAUGCAAAGUGCAGAGAGAGAUGAGUUUAUCUACCAUGAAUGUUUGAUUCACCCGGCCCUCCUUUCUCACCCCAACCCCAAAUCGGUGUUUAUAAUGGGAGGAGGUGAAGGCUCUACUGCAAGAGAAAUACUAAAACAUAAGACGAUCGAGAAAGUGGUCAUGUGUGAUAUUGAUCAGGUGGUUGUUGAUUUUUGCAAGAAAUUUCUAACCGUUAACAGCGAAGCUUUCUACAACAAGAAGCUUGAACUUGUGAUCAAUGAUGCAAAGGCUGAAUUAGAGAAACGAGAAGAGAAGUUUGAUAUAAUAGUGGGAGAUUUAGCGGAUCCAGUGGAAGGUGGACCAUGUUAUCAGCUCUACACCAAAACUUUUUAUCACAACAUCCUAAGACCAAAGCUUAACCCCAAUGGCAUCUUUGUGACCCAGGCUGGACCAGCUGGAAUAUUUACACACAAGGAAGUUUUCACAUCAAUCUACAACACCAUGAAGCAAGUCUUCAAGUACGUAAAGGUUUACACAGCACACAUCCCGUCAUUUGCUGAUACGUGGGGAUGGGUGAUGGCAUCAGAUCAACAGUUUGAGAUUGAAGCUAAGGAAAUGGAUCAAAGAAUCGAAGAGAGAGUGAAAGGAGAAUUGAUGUAUUUAAAUGCUUCUUCUUUCCUUUCUGCUUCUACCCUCAACAAGACCAUCUCUCUCGCGCUUGAGAGGGAGACAGAAGUUUUUAGUGAGGAGAAUGCGAGAUACAUUCAUGGUCAUGGUGUGGCGUACCGGCAUACUUGAAAAAAUAAAAAAAUAAAAAAAUAAAAAACUGGUUUAUUUCUAGUAUUCUUUUCUCCGCACAUAACCAGAUGUUGUCUUGAUUAGUUUUGUUGGGUUUUAUUUUAG